UAUUACGUUUUAGGGUUUAUUUUCGCUUCUCAGAAAACCAUUGGAGUGAAGUACUAAAGGAUCGGAUACUGCAAAGUUGAGCAUGUGGUGCAUGUAACUUCAAAUAUUUUAUUAUUUACCAGAAAGUUUAUAACAGCUUUGAUUGAAGAUGUUCUCCUUGUUCACUCAAGAAAUUUGCCUUUCUAAAAGACAUGAAGAAAUAGUAUCACAAAGAUUACUGUUACUUCACCAAAUGGAGAAUAAAUUUGGAGAUCAAAACACAGACAAGGCAUCUCAGCUGCAAGCAGCUAAGACUGCAUUCCAAAGGAAUCUUAGUCUUUUAAAGGACAUAGAAGCAGCUGAAAAGUCUCUACAGAGUAAGAUUCACCCACAUCCACCAUCUCAGGUGGCUUCUCUUGAGACUCGUUACUGGGCAUCAGUAGAAGAGUAUAUUCCCAAAUGGGAACAGUUUCUCUUAGGACAAGCACCAUAUCCCAUUGGUGUUGAAAAUCAAAAUGAAGCGGAAAACAUCGUUCUAAAUGAGGCAUAGUAAUAACUUCUUCACAGAAACAUCCUUAAUGAAGCUGAGUAUUAAAGAGCUUGUGGGUAAUUGCAGGAACUUUAGGAACUGAAUAUUGUUUCAUUACCUCUAAAUGACAGUGAAGAUAAGAGACUCUACUGAGAAGUUUUUGAUCAUCCCUACCAUUCAGGGUCAUGAAUCUGCUUCUAGCACAUCCAUGGGAACUGUUAAAAAUUAAUAUUAAAGUGUUAAUAAAUUAUUGAAUCAG